UCAAAGUAAUCUUUCUAAAAACGUAAUUUAAAAAGUAAUAUUCGUUUGGUUGUCAAAAAAGGUAGCUUCGAAAUGCCCGGAAAAUCCCUGGGCAUUCACCACAAUUUCGAUAGUGUGCGUUGGUACCGCGGAAUGUCCGCCGUACAGAUGAAGGCCUGUGAUAGAUUGCUGCACGCCUUGCGAGAUGACAUGGCGCAGGGAUCCACGUACCGGGUGCGCCACUGUGUCCACCAGUUGGGCAUCUAUCCGCCGGUGGGAGCGUCGCAGAUCAAGGAUGUCAUUGCCAUGAGUCAGGGCAGCGAUCUGGCAUUUUUGUGGUUCCUGUGGGAGUUCGCCUACAAGAGCCGCCGAAGGAGCAGGAAGGACAAUUGGAACUUGGAUUCGGAACACUAUACGGUGAACGAACAGUUGCUGUUGUCCGGCAUUGCCCAUUUGGAUAUGCCAUCCACCCUGAGAGCCUUGGAUGCUCUGCUGCCACCUGGAACUCAGUCGAAAAAGCUCAACUCGCCAGUGAAAACUGCACAGAAAAACUCAAAACCGAAAAAUUAUGCUCUGCCAUAUUUUGCUCCUCAGGUUCGACCUCGUGAAUAUAUCCCAAAGUCCAGAUACCGGCCACCUGAGACCAAGGUUCCCUUUCCGGAAUAUUCGCAUUAUAAGGAUCGUAUGCAGCAAAUCCCAAAUGAGAAGCCUCGUUGGUUUGCCCAAUACCGAUUGUGUCCUGCUAAACGAGUGGUAGCCACAAUGCUCACAGAGGAGCUCAACGGGCUCUCCUUGCAAUCUGACAACUAUAAUUUGGAGGACAAAGAUCCCAAAUGUGAAAUACAUCGCUUCUUGAAGGAGGCGGAGAAUUUGCAGAAGCAGGAGAAAAUCUACAAUCAGCGAUGUCUAGCCCAGCUGGAUGUGGUAGGAGAUGAGUUGAAAGCUCGCCGAAAACACAUCCUACAAGAUAUAGAAAACAAUGUUAAAUGGGCGAGUAAAAGUCAUGGUAGGCAAACAGAAAGACCUUCAAGCCCAGUUAAACAUGCGCCAACUACGAGAAUAAAGGGUGAUUCCACCAUGGUGAUGGGUUUGGGUAUCGAAGAGAAUCCCAGGUUGCAUUCGUAUGCCCAUUCAUUGGAAAACUCGAUCAGGGUUAUGCUCAUGAAGGGAAAAGAGUCCCAUCUCUGCGGAGCAGGUGACUGUGAAGACCUGGAUGUGGACUGCGACGUGAAGGACUCUAAGGACAUAAACAUUAAACCACAAUCUAAAAGUACUAGGAGUAGUUACAAGAGCCAAAAUGUACUAAAGCAAAUUCGGAAAUCAAUUGAAAGGUCUACAAAGUCCAUUGAAGAAAAGCCAGUGAAUUUGCCCACUUCAAGUUUUGAGAAGCUCGCAGAUCUUAUUCCCGCUUGCAGUCGAACUCUGCUUUGUUUGAAAACAUCAGCCACAAAGUGUCCUGAAGAGGAGAUCUUCACCAACAGGACUAUUGCUGGCAUUCAGUUGGACCACCACAAGGUAUACGAUAUCCCAUCGCCUCCUGUAGAGCCCUUGCCAUGGGAGGACAAGGUCCUGGACUUGGAGGACAAGAAACCUGUGAUCAGAAGGCUCUGCAUUGAUGCCCUUGGGAAUGGCGAAACCAAGUCCAAGAAGGAGUUGCAGCGAAAUAAAUUCAUUCCCCCAGUUUCACGAGCAGCUGCCAAUUGUGCAGUGGAUAUGUUUCGUAAAAAAGUUGCAGAAACCAAGGAGAAUUCAGCUGAUAAGUAUACAAAAAAGAAUGGGGGCGAUAUACUCAUCGAUCCGGAUGACGACGAGCAGAUAGAAAAUCUUCUGAAGGAAGCACUUCGGGUUCUCCGUGCCAAUCGGCAAUACGUGCUAGCCACCUUUUCCAAUGCCCACAAGAUGCCCGUAAUCCUGGAUUGGGUGGCGAAUCGCUAUGGGAAGUCUUACAACCGUGUUGGGAUGAACUCGCUGGUGAAGAACUCGUUCCUGAUAUACGAGAGCGUCUACCAGGAUGAGAAAGAGCACAAGCGGGAUAUGCUGAAACUGAAGAGAUCUGUGACGGGUCUGGGUGGUUCUAUCAACUAUGCCAGUCACAAGAAGUUCAUGUCCCAAGUGAGCCAGAGGAAGGACGAGUACCACAACAAACUCAAUGAGCUGGCACUGGAGCAGACGCGUCUUGCCUGGCUGGCAAUGCGAGGAUACUCGCACCUGGGCGGCAACAUCAAGGACGCCUUCUUCGCCUACAUGCCCGCCAGGCGGCAGGAUAUCAAGCGCCAGCAUGUUUGGAAAUCCUAUGAUUACAGGGAUAUGGUGAAACUUCGGCUGAGAUCGCGCCCAAUGUCCAUCUAAAAAUGGUGAUUUUAAAUUUCAGAACGUAUUUCGAUUUGCCAUUUGGAAACCACAUCCUCCCGGACCGGUUCAGCAGGGCAGAUCGAAAAACAUGCAUGUCCAUUUGAAAUCGCCAUUACAUUCCCUGGUUUGCACAUAUCUCGUGAUCUGCUUAGUGGCUGGUACACUCGAAAAAACAUUCAAUGAAACUUGUCAUUCGCCAUUGUGGCCAACUACUUAUGUAAACCAAACUAUGUAUAAUCCCAAUUAAAAAUGCUGAUGCCCAACUAAAACGCCAUGGACGGCAAAUGAAUAGCAAACAC